AUGGACUGGACCACGGGCGAUCUGGUGUGGUUUGAUCCUGGCCUCGGUCAUCCACUACCGGGCGAGAUUCAGGAGGUGCAUCGUGCCGCCCAGAUGAUCAUCGUGCAGGCACUUAUCAACGGCAAGCCGCAAACCUUCACGCUCGGUCCGAAUGAAGGAAACAUCCGCGCCCGGCAGGACCUUGGCAAGACGGGUGUUGAAGACAUGACGCAGCUGGAAGACCUGCACGAAGCAUCACUGUUGUGGAAUCUGAAGCUGCGUUAUGACAACGGGCUGAUCUACACGAACGCGGGCAGCAUCCUGAUCGCGAUCAACCCUUACAAAAUGUUCCCCGAAUCGUACGGCAUCGAGAUGGCCAAGCUUUACUCGGGUCGGCCUCUGGGCACGUUGCCACCACAUCUCUUUGCGAUUGGAUCUGCCGCUCAUGCCGCUCUACCAUCGCCACAGGUCGUCGUCAUAUCCGGUGAGUCUGGAUCGGGCAAAACGGAGUCCACCAAGCUGGUGAUGCAGUACCUAGCUGCGGUUGUUCCCGGUGGAGGAUCGGCCUCUACAGUCAUCACUGAGCAGAUUCUCGAGGCCGCACCGCUGCUGGAGGCGUUCGGAAAUGCGCGAACAGUGCGCAAUGAUAACAGCUCCCGGUUCGGCAAGUACCUGGAGGUGUACUUCAAGUCGGGCGCGAUCAUUGGCGCGAAGAUCACGCAGUAUCUGCUCGAGAAGUCGCGCAUUGUCACGCAAGCGGCAGGGGAACGUAACUAUCACGUGUUCUACGAGCUGCUCGGUGGGCUGUCUGAGCCGGAACGCAUGAAAUACGGCCUGCUGGAGGCGGACAAGUACUUCUACCUUAACCAGGGCGGUUCCGACUGUGCUCCUGGUCGGAUGGAUUGGGCCUCGUUGCAGAGCGCCAUGCAGGUGCUUGGAGUGACGGAAAGUGAACGCGAGGGCAUCGUGAAGGUGUUGGCUUCGGUGCUACACCUCGGCAACGUGUACUUCCACCGACGGCAACUACGCCAUGGACAGGAAGGUGUUGAAAUUGGGUCAGACGCCGAAAUCAAGUGGGCUGCUCACUUGCUGCAGUUGCCAUCUGAGGGCAUCCUUAAAUCGCUGACCUCACGCAUUACGGAGACACGCUCCGAACGGCUCUACACACCACUCGGUAUCGACCAGGCGUUAGAUGCCCGAGAUGCACUGGCUAAGGCACUCUACUCAGGCUUGUUCAACUGGCUGGUGCUGCGUAUCAACUCAAUCGUGCACCGGGGUGGCACGCACGAUGCCCAGCGACUGUCCAUUCUUGACAUCUUCGGGUUCGAGGACCUGGCCGAGAACUCGUUCGAGCAGCUGUGCAUCAACUACGCGAACGAGAGCCUGCAGUUGUACUUCAACAAGCACGUGUUUAAGCUGGAACAGGCCGAGUACGCACGCGAACGACUCGAGUGGACUAACCUGGAGUGGGAAGACAAUCUGCCGGUGAUCCACCUGCUCGCGAAGAAGCCAGUCGGCAUUUUCCACCUGCUGGACGACGAGUCGAACUUCCCACGGGCGAAUGAUUCGAGCUUCCUCGAGAAGUGUCACUACAAUCACGCCCUUAACGAGCUGUACUCGCGUCCAAGGGUGGGUGCACAGGAGUUCGGCAUCACACACUACGCCGGUCAGGUGUGGUACUGCGUGGACGGGUUCCUGGAGAAGAACCGUGAUGCACUGCGUAUGGACGUUAUCGAGUUGUUAAGCUCGAGCGCAGAACCGUUGGUGGGUGAGAUGACCAAGCAACUGAGGGCUCAACGUGACGUUGGCAAGACCCUGCCGAAGGGCUCAAAUGGGCGUUUUGUGACGAUGAAACCUCGCACACCAACAGUGGCCGCCCGGUUCUCCGACUCGCUGCAGCAACUGCUGCAAUCGAUGGCCAAAUGUAACCCGUGGUUCGUGCGGUGCGUCAAGCCAAACAACGACAAACAGGCGCUACGCAUGGACAUGCCGUGUGUGCUGCAGCAACUGCGUUACCUCGGUAUGCUCGACACGAUCAAGAUCCGUCAGUCGGGUUACCCGGUGCGAUUGCGGUUCCAGCAUUUUGUUGAGCGUUACCGUCACCUCAUGAAGACACCCAUGCCGAAGGGCACGCCCUAUCGCGAGCUGUGCCGGUUUGUGUUGGACGCCCUACCGGGCACUACCACCGAGGGUCCCGAUUUUCAACUGGGUGCGACCAGGGUAUUUUUGCGCGAGGCAUUACACCGAGCACUCGAGGCAAGUCGGGCCGAUCGGCUGCGACUGGCCGCGGUCACUAUCCAGCGGAACGUGCGUGGAAUGCUUGCACGCAAGAAGGUGCAGCGAGAGAUCCGUGGGGCGGUCACGAUACAGCGCUACUGGCGUGGAUAUCGCGAUCGGCACCGUUUCCAAACGGUCAAACACGGGGUCAUCCGGUAUCAGGCUCUGUAUAAGGGCCACGUACAACGCAAACGGUACGCGAAGCUCAAGAACGAGCUGAAACGGCGCCGUGAGGCUGAACGGCUCAAGAAAGAACGCACGGCCCAACGGCUCGCCAAGGAGCAGGUCGAACGUGGUUCGGCCGUCCCACUCGACAUUCCGGCUGAGCUGGCGUUCAUAUUUUCCAAGUCCGAGAGCUGGGCUGGUCAGCAGAGUGACCGUAAUCUGGUGAAGGUGGUUGGUACGGUUCCCGGACCACCCUCGGCGGCUGAUCUACCUCCUGAUCUGGACCAGUUCGCUUUCGGAAAGUUCAGCUCGGUAUACUGUAACGGAGUGAAGCUGGCACCACGUCGGGACAUCAUCUCGGCACCAUUCCUGUCCCGAGCGGCUGCUCGCGAUCAGGACUUCAAGGAUGCGAUCGCAAUCUUCAAGCUUAUCAUCCGUUGGACGACGGAUGCGACGAUGGAUGCACACCGCGAGAAGCUGUUGGCGGACUACGUCGUGCAUAAGGGUCUGUCUUCGCGAGGCCUGCGAGACGAGAUUUUGGUGCAGAUCUGUAACCAGGUGUAUCGCGCGGACGAACCCGCGAGUGAGAAGCUGUGGACGUUGCUGUCCCACUGUUUGUCCGCGUUCCAACCCGGCUCGGCCUUCAGCAAGUACUUGAUCAAGUUCAUCGUGGACAACGCGCCCACCCACACGAAGGAGCAGUUGCUGAAGAAGUUGCUGCGUAACGCCAACGCCGGUCAGACGAAUCCGUGCCGAUUGUUCCCACCGUCCUGGCUCGAAUGGCGAGCUUCUUCCCGGUUGUCGGAUACCGCGCUAGGCCUCAGCCUUCCCGACAGCAGCGUGCAGACGGUAGCCGUAGAUUCGUGGACCACCUGCGAGGAAGCGGCCGCUUUGGCCAUCUCCGCCUUUGGCAUACCGAACCUGGGCUGGACUGUAGUGAUUGAUGAGUCGGAUCAGAUGACCGACUCGUGCGGAUUAGACUUCGUGCUGGACCUUGUCGCAGAGAAGGAACUUCCACCGGCAUUCCCGGCCGUGCGUAGUGACAUCCUGCGAUGUGGCCGUAAGCUCCCACCGAACGCCGGUCCGGCCACUGGAGGCGUGGGCGACUCCACAAUCGAACCGAGUAGUCCAAAACGCCCACAGGUGCCACCACCGGAGCCACCGUCAGCGAAGCGGAACUCCCACGACCAACCGCUGCUGAUCCCGGUGGCCACAGCUACAGGUUCCGGCAAAAAGACGCACGAUCCGGUUGACUACGGCGGACCGAGACACUCGAUGGAGCACCCGACGGGCGUCAACCGGAAGACAUCCCACGACGUAUCGCUGUCACGGCACAAAUUGCGUGAGGAACGCGCCUUCUAUGAGGACAAGAGUCGAUCGCGGUCUCUCGACGAUCUGCUGGCGGGUGAACCGGAUGAAACGCUGCCGGAUGUGGACGAGCCGGAGAGUUCGUUGACGCUGACACUGGCCGAGAACCGGAUCGGAAACAAGUACCGCUCGGUGGACACGAUCGCACCGCUCAAGGAGCAACACCCGCGGUUCGUGAAGUCGCAGUAUGCCGGCAAACGGUCUUCAGGAUCACACUCGCUGAAGUACGCAGAGAAGUCCGAAAUGAGCGUACGUUCGUCGGCUAUGUCCGAUACCAGCGAGGCUCCCUCACUGGCCAGUCACGUACGACGCGUGCGUGUGCCAUCGCAGGCCUCCGACGUGGACCAGUUCUUGGACGAUCUGUUCAGUCCGGUGUUGGAUGGAUCGCUUGACGAGCUGUCGGAUGCGCGCUCGCUGGCGGCUAGCAUUCGCGGGAGUGGCCAAUUCGUGCGUGAGGUCCUCGCGUCCGUCCGCACGGACCGUUCGCUGACGGACCUCGAACGGAGUGAGACAAUCGUUCGUGCAACCAAGGGAGGCACGGCACAUCAGGCCAAGAACGCUACUGCAAACGGUUUUUCGUCGUCCACGACGACCUCUACUCCCUCGGCCGGUACCGGUCCGGGCUCACUGUUGAUGAUGGGCGGUGUCGGUCCGGAUGUGGUCAUGCCGGUGUUCAGCAUUCCUCCCGGUGUAGACAGUACCGCUUACCAACAGCAGAUGCAGCGGGCCUUCCUGCAGUCUGCCAUGGCACAGAACAUCCAGAUCCAGCAGCAACUUAUGGCCCAGAACCAAGCCCUUCAGACGCUGCUCACCCAGCAGGAUGGCCCAGGCUCAUCCUCCGGGUCUCCGGGUGCCCCAGGAGCGAUCUCUCCGAAGCACGGUGGUGCCACCGGAUCACCAGCGGCCGCACAACAUUCACCGAUUCGCAAGAUGAGCUCCAAAGUGGUCACAUCUCGGCCAGACUCGUCUGAUCGCGCUGGCCAACCGGCAUCUCCAUCGGCCGCGGCGUCAUCGUCCUUCUCGGAGAUGCUGCGUGGACGCAAGGACUCGUCCUCAUCGAACUUGAUACCGCCGCCACCACCGCCACCACUUCCACCGCCGCUGGAACUGAAGGAUCCGUUCGAAGUGCGCCCGUUCCUCGACCCAUACGGUCGUGCGAAAACCGUACGCAUCGGCAAGUGGCGUUGGCCACCGCCCCAAGGAGCCCCAACGCAUGUGGACGCCGAAGAAAACUUCAUUCAGUUCAAGAUGGCUCGCCAAAACCACCGAAAGACCACACCCCAGUCCCAGCACAGCAGCAACCUGGAGUCGCCGGUCGGAUCACCAAGCGGCGUCGAAUGGGAAGAAUUCGAAAUCGAUCAGAAGCCGCAUGAACACGGUGGUGCGCGGGAUGGUUCGGAUGGCGCGAAGAGAUCCGAUGGGCAACCGGCGUCGAGGACGGCCAAACGUAGCUUUGACAUUGGCGCCGAUCGACCGACUCCGAACAGCGUUGGAAAGCUGAAGUUAAGCAACGAGAUGCGCCAACGGCUGGAGCAAGUGACGGCGGGUCACUCCGUGCGGUCUUCUAGCGCCAAAUCGGAUCGACCGGAACGCACACCGGCCAAACUCGAGGACACACGCCGGAUGAUGCUGGAGCAGCAGCUUGGUGGCAUGAACGCUCCCAGUGGUGCCAAAUCUCCGGGUGCUCUUGGAGCGGAUGUUCCUUCGGUCAAGAGCCAGGUGCAGCGUAUGGAGGCUGGUAAAAAAGGCGCUCCAGCCACGGCAUGGCCUACGGUCUUGCCUCCGGCACCGCCAGGCCCAGCACCACCACCACCGAUCCGUCCGCCUAACACAACGCCACCGGCUCCACCACCACCGAUUCACGGCAACAUGGCGGCGGGUUCGAGCGGCCACCAGGGCCAGUCGGAAAUUCCUUCAUUCGUGCAGCGACAGGAGCGUGACACUUUCGGUGCCAAGGACAGCUUUCUAGAUUCGUGGGGCCGCGCCGAAGCUGCCAAACUUGACCUCGUCUACGAGACAAGUUUCAAAAAGGAGAUGAUCAUCGAACGGGAACGUUCACGGUCCAGGUCGCGAUCCCGCGAUCGCGAGAACUUCUCCGAGUCGGUUUGGGACCGGUCGGAAGUCGAAGGACCGUCGUCAACGUCAAGCGAUCCUCGGGAGCGCGAUCGCGACAAGGAACGCGAGGCGCGUGAGCGCAACUACGAGCUGACACAGCUCCAGCGAGAAAAAGAGAGCAACAAAGUGUUCCACCCGGCCGGUUACUCCAAGGACAAGCAACACCAGCAGCAGCACCUGCAGCAGCAUCAGCAGCAGUACCAGCAGCAGUAUCAGCAGCAGCAAAAGCAAUACACCGCCAACAAUCACAGCCCGGGUUCGAUCGCCACCUUUAAGACGCACAUGGUUCAGAAGAGCGUUCAGGAGCGCGAGCGAAAGACGUCGGCUGCCACAACCAACGGUUCGGUGUACAGCGAGAAGCUAGAUGACGGAGGUAUGUCCGAUCCGCCCGCUCCGGUGAUGCCGGUGCAGGUAAAUCCCUCCCUGAAGGCCCCUGCCGCGGCCUGUUUGACGUACAACCGCGUUUCCUGGACGUUGCGCGUGCGCAAGGAGGUGUUCCGGCCCAGUGAAACCGUCACCGCACCAGCUGCACUCGAUCUACUGUUCAACCAGAUCACGGCUGACGUGUUCGGUGUGACGCCGUGCAUGCGAAUAUCACCUCAGGAGAAGCGAUUGGCGGUGAACCUACUCAGCAGUCAUGGUAUCACCGCAAAUGGUCAUGCGACUUCAAAGCAACACGUGCGUGCGAUCGUUAAGCGCCACGUGUUGGAUAUGGCGCGUGGCUGGCCACUUUAUUUCGCCCGAUUGUUCGUCGUGAAUGGGUCACCGUCGAUCCAGGAGGGCACGCUGCUGGCCGUCUCGCAUAUGGGCGUCUAUCUGGCGGGCAAGGAGCCUGAGUUUCUGACGAUCCAGCGCGCCAUCCCGUACGACGACGUGCAAAGUGUUACCACGUUACCGCGGCCACUCACGCUGCAGUUGACGCUGAAAACUGGAGCUCGCAUUGUGCUGCACGCCUCCAAGGCGAAUGCCAUCCAGUUGAUGGUGCAGUCGUAUCUCGCCGAGUACCGACAGACCCAAUCGAAGGGCUCGACCAUCUCGUCCGGCGUACGAGCAGCCGCGGCCACUCUCAACGUGCCGCUCGAGCGACUGGAAACGUCCAACGUCAAUAGUCCGGGCUCACCGAACCAAAUCUCACCGACGGAAAAAGGCCACCACCAUUUGCACCAUUUGGCGCACCCGGGCCAUCAUGGCGGUCACCACCACCAACAACUGCUGCUGGACGAUUUCGAGGAUAUGCACAUCGAGCACGGGUUGCCGGAAUCAUCCUCACCACCGAUGGGUGCCUACGGAAACGAGCGUAACCACGGCGGUCUCAAACACGCCGGAAAUGGUCAACAGCAGCAACAACAACAGCGCCAUUCCCCCUACGGUGAGCGAGGCUCAGGUGAGGGUCCAGGCCGUGGAGGCAAUGGAGGCGGCGCCGGUAGUGGGGCCAUGAUUGUUAACCACAAAAGCUCACCCAUGGGUAACGGAGGCGGCAACUACAGCGACAUGCACAUCGUGGCGCACCAUGAGAACGACUCAUCCCCAACGCAAACGUCACUGACCAAGCACUCGCUGUUGCAAUUCGCGAUGCAGCACUUCCGUACGGAUGACGAGUUCAAAUCCAACCGAUCCGACAAACGCGCCAUGCGCAACCAGCACGCCGACCUGGUCAAAUGGCAGGGUUAUCCGUUACGAGCGCCUUUACUGCGUCUUCCGGUUGAUCUGACUCCCCUAGCGCUGGAGUGCUUCGAUUGCGUCCUGCGAUACUGCGGCGAUCUAGCCGUUGAUCCGGAACUCUCCGAGGUCAAGUGCGUCUACACGGUGUUGAUGCACUGCCACAAGCAUCUCACCCUGCGCGAUGAGGUGUACUGUCAGCUGAUGAAGCAGACGACGGCCAACCGAUCGGCGUGUCCUGAUUCGGCGCAGCGAGCCUGGCGAUUACUCAGCAUCCUGGCGGCGUACUUCGGAUGCUCAGACGCCUUGCGGCCGUACCUGAUCGAACACCUAACCUCGGCCGCCUCCGAUCGGCGCCGUCCGUGUCACGGCACAGCCGCCGUUUGUCUCACGAACCUGCGUAAAACGGCACGUUGUGGUGGCCGCAAGAACGUCCCUAGCGUCGAAGAAGUUACCGCCGUAUCUGCGGGCAGAUCAGCUCGCCGGCAGAUCUACCGUCUACCAGGGGGCGCCGAGCGGAUCGUCAACACCCGGUGCUCCACCGUUGUCGGUGAUGUCAUUGCGGAGUUGUGUUCGCUGCUAGGCAUAGAAUCGCCAGCAGAACAGCAGGAGUUCUCGCUGUACUGCAUCGUGCAGGGUGACGCCUUUACCAUGCCACUGGCCGCAGACGAGUACAUCCUCGACGUGACGACUGAGCUGCUCAAAUCGGGACAACCAUUCUACCUGAUCUUCUGCCGAUCGGUGUGGCACUUUGCACUCAAGCGAGACCCGGCCCCGACGCCACUUUACAUCGAGGUCCUGUUCAAUCAAGUCGCGCCGGACUACCUGGAAGGGUUGCUGCUCGAACUCCCCAACGGUGGAGCUCCCAGUCCGGACUACGUGCGUGAUAUGGCUCGCAUUGCGGCGAUCCUGCACCGUGCGGCCGACCUCAACCACCUGCCGGCGAUGAAGGAAAUUAAGUUUUUGUUGCCCAAGCCGGCUCUAUCACUGCGCGAACUUCGCCCAGCUCAAUGGGUCGCACUGGUGCAGUCGGCCUGGCCAUCGGUGGCCGGUCUGAGCCCGAUCCAGGUGAAGGCACAGUUCCUGAACGUACUCUCGUCCUGGCCGCUGUUUGGUAGCAGCUUUUUCGCCGUAAAGCGCGUGUGGGCGGACGAAAAUCCCAUGGAGGAGCCAAGCCCGAUGUGGCGCGAGCUGAUACUCGCCCUCAAUCGACGGGGGGUGCUGUUCCUCGAUCCCAACACCCACGAGACGAUGCAGCAUUGGCCAUUUAAUGAAGUGAUUUCAACUCGAAAGGUACGUUCAGAGGAUGGGGCACUCUUUCUCGACAUGAAAGUGGGCAAUCUGCUCCAACAGCGUGUCAUCCGUGUGCAGACCGAGCAGGCGCACGAAAUCUCGCGACUCGUUCGCCAGUACAUCACAAUGGCCCAGGCGCAGCAACGGGAUCGCCGGGAGUAGGAGAACGCAUCCCUGGCAUCUGCGCGCGCCUCCAGCCGGACGACUUUGGUGCAAAGAGAUAGAUAGUUUUUACGAUUAUUGCAUACAUGCUUUAGGUAGGUCGAGUGUGGUUUAGUUGGCUGAUAAGAUGAUGAUUAUAAAUACACAUAAAUCGUAUGCUUAUUAUACAUACCGGGUGGAUAUGCAGUCAGAUAAACGUUGUCUUAAAUCGAACGACAGGAACAGUUCAUUUUGUACCGAUCGAUCCCAAAUGCAA